GGAUGGCAUAGCUGGAUAGGGUAGCAAGCUGCAUUCCAUUCAACCUCUAUUUAAAGCAGCAGCGGGCACUGAGUACUGCAGCAGUUGUUGUGCCCUAACUUUAAAAGUGAAAAUUCAAAAAGAAGCGAUGACCAGCACAGGUCAGAUGGAUGCCUCCAGGUAUGUUGUCCCGGCCCUACUCAUGAUUGGCUGGAUAGUGGGGUGUGCACUUGUGGUUUACUUUGUUUUCUCUUAAUAUGUAGAAAGACUUGUUGACAUGAACUGACGACAACCACCUCUCCAGAGACGAUGAAAUUGAAGGCAUAUUGAGAAAUCAAAGAUUCUGUCUCAAUCAAGUUUUAGCAAUCAAAAUGAUCACCUGGAGAAUACGACUACUUUGUUAAUAUAUUUCUCUUAAAAUAUUUAGUUAGACACCAUGGUACAUGACAAAGAAAAAAUCUUUAUCAGAAUUUAAAAUUAAUUUAGUAAAUGAACACCAGAUCAUAUUGUUCAGCCAGUAUAAGCAACUUUAACGUUUUGUUCUCCACCAUGUAUAGAUCCAUUUUACAGAGAAAAAAAAUUGUCAGCCUUCAAAUAACGGAACAUUUUUUUUUCGGUUUGUUUUUCCUCAUUGUAUAAGUAGAGUACUUUUUAUUGUGUGGCUGUUGUUGUUCAAUUUGUUUUUGUAAUUUUUUAAUUUUCAAUGUUUUAAGUGUGUAUUUACCAUAUAACCUAAUAAAUUAAUAUUUUACCUCAUA